AUGAGCCAAUUUGUGUUCAACGGCAGCAGUCGCAUGCGCAACAUGAAGCUGGCGCGCGACCAUCACAAGACGCGGAACAGCAUCAUCGAAGAUGCGCAACGGCUGCGACUUCAGAGAGAGGAAGAGGCGCGCCGCAUGCGCGCCGCCCGGCGGCUGCAGCGCGCCAUUCGCCAGUGGCUUGCUUGUCAGGAGAUGGUGCGUCUGGCGUUGAGCGACCUGGAUAGUGUGUCAUCGGACGUGAAGCGCAUUCUACUGUCGACGUCUUCUGCGGGUGCCUCUUCCGCUGUUCACACGUCUGACGUCCCGAGGCAGACAGAGCAGCUCACGGCACGCCUACACACGGCGUGCUGGUGCCUCUCGUAUGUGCGCCGCCACCAGUCACGGAUUCCGCUGCGCCUCAAUGCGCCUUUCGAAGCUGCAGCAGAUGACGACUGCCGCGCAGAAACACUAUUAGGUGAUGCAGAUUCAGGCAUACCUGGGACGACUGGCCUAGGCGCUACUGCCGUGGCCCACCAGCGUGUCGCUCUUUCCUCCCCCCAUACCUCCUCGGUGGCGUCCCUCGGAGAGCUGCGCGCGUACCGGCAGCGGGUCUUUUGGCGCUACAGCGAUUGUCUUUACACAGCUCUCAGCGAAAGCGCCAAACGCAGUGCUGGGGGUGAGGACACGGCUGAGGAGGACACCAGCGCAUUGCAUGCCGAUGCGUCGACUGAGGCAGCCGGAGCCAAGCGGUCAGCCGAUCCGCCGUCGCUGUCGUGGCCUUCUUUUCUCACCUCCUUGCCCACCAAAGAUGUGGUCCUUCUCCUGUGCGUGCUGUUGCAGCAACUCUCGCGUGUGGCGACGCCGUUGCCGGGCAGCCACGCAUCGCCGUCCAGCAGCGCAUCUUUGGUAAAGCGACUGGCGAGGCAUCUCGUGGGUAUCAUCGUCGCACACAAUGCUGCGUUCGCACGUACACUCAACGAGGAGACCACACCUCGCAGAAGCCGCGGCGGUCUUGAGAUGGCAGCGACGGCGGUGACUGCAGCGGCGUCUUUUGAUCAGUGGCCAGCGGUGCAUGCCUUGACUGUGACGCUCAGUUUUCUAGGCCAGGAGACGGUGGCGCAUUCGGUGAGCGUGCGGUCGCAGUGCAGGGAGCUGCUGCAGCCACUUGUCGCAGCGUUCCCGCCCCUUUCUCAGGCUGAAGCCGGCGGGUACAGCCCACUGUCGCCGCCUACGGGGCCCUUUGCGCAGGUGUGCUGGCAAUGUAUGUGCGCUCCCUACGUCGGGGAGGAGUCCCAGCGACUCACCUCCAACUCUCUGGCGGUGCUGCUUGGCGCUGCUGAUGCAGCCGCGGAGGGGCCCGAGCGCGGCGGCUGCGACGUGGUGGACACGUGCUUUGCGAUGCUUGUGGCGGAGUGCUACAGACGGACUGCCAUGGACACGGAGCUGACGGCGUGCGAUGGCAUCAGUGGGCUGCGAGGCGGGGAGCUGCGUUCUCGUGUACUUGGGCGCCUUGUGCGGUUGCUGCCGCGUGUCCACCAGCUCGUGGAGGCAACAUCGUGCGCUGCAGCUGUGUCGCCGUCGUCCUUAGCGGCCCGCACGGAUGUGGUGAAGUGGUACUUGCUCAGUGUCAGCUGCCUGAGCGAGCGACUGUGCCGCGAGGAUUUCUUUAUUGAGGGCAUUCUGGCAGAUCACUACGCCUACAACACCGGUCGGCAGCAGCAGCGACGCACGGUGGAUGGGAAGGACGAUGCCGAGGGUGUCGAUGCAUCGUCGCACAGUCAAUACCGCCUGCUUACCUCGUACCUGUUCAGCACCGAGGGUGGCCUGCAACUGCUCCAACUGCUCACCAUGCAGGACGAGCGGUGUGAGAAACUGCGUCUGAUGGCGCUGCAGAAGCCCACCGUGGAGGCACCAACCGAUACCGGCGCGCCGCCGACGGUGGAGGACGGCGGCAACGAGGAGGCCGAUUCGGCAGCGGCUGCAUCGAUGGCGAAUACGACGCCCUUCAGGGAUGCUGGGGCCCCUGCUCAGUGGCCGUCGUCUGCCUCGAUGCAGCAGAGCCCACUCGAGAUUCUGUGCAACGUGUUUGCGUGGCCCAUCUUCACCUUCUCGAAGCCGAGGUACAGCCGCUAUCAACAGGAGACGCUGGCGUUGUACGCGAAGCUGGUGCGUACUCCGCAGCUGCUGCGCCGCCUUUGGAGUUUGUACUGGCAGAGCUGCGAGGGGCUGCGGGCUGUGCUGCCGCCCGGCGAGGCUUUACAGAGGCUGUGCCAGCCACCGGCGUGGGGUGCACAGGAGCAGGAGGAGCAGCCGGCUCUCGCCGGCGAGGAGCGGGCUAGACGCCGCCGCGUGCCUGCGGCUGCCCCCUCCGGGCCCGCCCUCAUGUCCCUGCCGCGGCUGCCAACGUGGGAGACACAUCCGCGUUACCCUCUCGCCUUCUAUGACCCUCACGCGCCGCUCUCCAUCUUUUUCUUCACCCUGCUGGCGUACUAUGUGAACGUGUGCGACUUCGCCGAUGAGCUGCGUCGCGGUGGCGAGGCGGCGGUGCUCUCUACAGAGGAGUCGUGGGCGUUGGUGCUCGCGCUGAAGGAGAUUGUGCACCGGUCACACAUGUACGGCGUCGUGCCGGACUCCAACUGCGAGGCUGUCGCUCACGCGGCUUGCCUGCUGCUCUCCCGCCUACACACGGUGGACGAGGCGGACCCGUUUGUGCCUGCCGCGGCGACCGGCCUGUGGUUGUCCGUUGGCGCCGUCGCUGCCGAGGCGGCGGUGGGUUUGUUGUUCCGCACUUGGGAUGCGGCGAGCGCUGCCGUGGUGGAUGAGGAGGAUGCCGCAGAGGCAGGGGAGGCAGAACUUGAAGGCCCCAGCGUCGCAACCAGAGAACAAAGCGUUGUGGGCAGCCUUAUGUCGAGCACCACCGCCAGUGCCGCGACCACGUCGGUGGCCCACGUGCGUCUUCCCGGCGACGACGUCGCCUUUCACGACAGCGCGCAGUGGAAACAGCCGACUCGGUACACAAAGCUGCUCGUGCACACACCGUUCCUGUUCCCGUUUGCCGCUCGCGCGCUGCUCCUCUCAGCGCUGCUCGUGGAGACGGACCACCACUGGACCCCGCCAAGCGAGCGGCGGGUGGUGGUGCAGCGCGGACGCACCUUCAUAGAUGCCUUCGACCUUUUCCACGACAAGCCGCUCAGCAACGACAUGCUCAACAUCCGCUUUAUCGCCGACGACGGCACGCUCGAGGCCGGGUACGGCCGCGGUGUGUACCGGGAGUGUAUCGUGUCACUGUGCAAGGAGGGGUUUGCGGCCGAAUACGGCCUGUUUCGCCAGACCCCAGACGGCUACGUGUACCCGAACUCCUUCAGCGCCGUGGCGACCAGUGACCUGCAGCAUCUUUUGAAGAUUCGCUUCUUGGGGGCAAUGGUGGGUCGCGCGCUGCGCGACGGUGUGUUGCAAGACGUGCCGUUCGCCCUUCACUUUCGCAAUGCCAUCUUGGGCCGCCGCAACACCCUCAGCAACCUCAAGAGCUUCGACGCGGAACUCUAUCACCAGCUCAUGUCCCUCACGCAGCUCAGCGAGGAAGAGCUGGAGGCGGUCGGACUGACCUUUGUCUACACAGUGAACGCGCUGGGCAUCACAAGGGAGGUAGAGCUGGUGCCUGGCGGGGCGCAGAUGCACGUGACGCCGCGCAACUGCCUCUUUUAUGUGCACCUCGUCGCCGACUUUAAGCUCAACCGCGAGGCCGCCGAGCAGACGCGCGCGUUUUGCGCCGGACUUCACUCUGUAAUUGACACGAACCGUCUUCGCUUGUUCGACAGUAACGAGGUGGGCAAGCUCUUCGGCGGUGAUGAGACGGGGCAGAUCGACUUGGAAGACUGGAAGGCGAAUACAGUGUACGACAAGCCGGAGGACGUGAACGCACCGCAGGUGCGGCUCUUCUGGGAUGUUGUGGAGUCUCUCACCCGCGAGCAGCAGCGACAGCUGCUAAAGUUUGCGACAUCCAUGACGCGGCCGCCGCUACUCGGCUUUCGUUUCCUGGCGCCUCCCUUUAAGGUUCAGCUGCUGGCGAUGAAUGCGUCCGGGCCCGAUCACUUGCCCUCGGCUGCAACGUGCUUCUCUACCUUAAAACUACCGCCGUACCGUGACUACGCGACGGCUCGAGCGAAGAUUGUCGCUGCCAUUGAAGAAACCGGUACCUUCGAGUUCAGCUGA